CUUCAGGUCUUUAGAUUUCGCAGGACUACGCGAAUGUCGCUUUUGAAGGGAUUGAAGAAUUUCAGCAAAUGCAAAAUCAUCCACAUGAGCUACUGUCGAGCAAUAUUAGCACGAACAUAUCUACACUCUACAACAACCAUAUCUAUAUUUUUCCCUGGACCAUGCGAAGAUCGCUUUUGAAAGGAAUUGAAGCAUUCCGUGGAAAGCAAAAAUAUCCGUAUAAGCUAUUGUCAAACACUAUUAGCACCAACAUUUCUACACUCAAAAGCAACCAUGUCAACGAAAUCUCUCAAAAUAAUGAAUCCUGGUCUGCUCUCAUAUCAACUCUUGUCCAAGAUGGACCCGCUAAGGAGCUGGCAUUGUUCAAGGCCUCUAAAAUGCUCGCGUCUGCAACCAAACCUAAUGGCUAUGCUCUGAUUCAUCUGGUUCGAGCUUCUACUGACCUGGGUUUGAACCUUUAUUGCCAACAGCUCCACAGCUACAUUUUUAAAUCUGGGUUUGGCGCCAAUGUCUUUGUGUCCACUGCUUUGUUGAGAUUCUAUAAAACGACAGGGGCAAUAAAUGCUUGCCACCAAGUCUUUGUCGAAAUGCCUCAACCAAAUGUAGUUGCUUGGAAUACCUUGGUUUCUGCCUACGUACAGUCUGGGCAGUUUAGGAAAGCUUUGGAUCUAUUUCUUCAACUUGAAAGAUCUGAUAAUUGUCCAGAUGCCUAUUCCUUCACGGUAGCUUUAUCUGCUUCUGGACAGCUAAGUAUGUUUCAGCUUGGCAGGUCAAUUCAUUGCGAGAUUGUGAAAUAUGGGUUGGAGUCUGACAUUAUUGUUGGGAAUUGCUUGAUUGAUAUGUAUGGGAAAUGUGCUUCUGUUGAAGAGGCAAUUUGGGUUUUUGACGAAAUGAUUGAUAAGGAUGUAAUUUCUUGGAAUUCAGUUGUAGCAGCAAGUGCUAGAAACCAAAGACUUGAAAUGGCAUAUAAUUUUUUCUAUCAAAUGCCUGAGCCGGACACCGUCUCGUAUAAUGAAAUGAUUAAUGGCAUUGCUCAGUUUGGCAAUAUAGAGAAUGCUAUUAAAAUUUUACUGAACAUGCCAAACCCUAAUUCAUCUUCUUGGAAUUCAAUCAUAACAGCAUAUGUUAACAGAAAUCGCGCAAGAGAAGCGUUGGACUUUUUGGCAAAAAUGCAUUCAAGUGAUAUUAAAAUGGACGAGUAUACUUAUUCAGUUAUUUUGAGUGGUAUUGCUGGUCUUGCAGCUCUGAAAUGGGGAAUGGUGAUCCAUUGUUGUACAACCAAAGUUGGUUUGGAUUCUUCUGUAGUUGUGGGGAGCGCUCUUAUUGACAUGUACUCCAAAUGUGGGCAAGUGAAGAAUGCUGAAUCAAUCUUUCAGUUCUUGCCUAAAAGGAAUAUGGUAACCUGGAAUGCAAUAAUGUCGGGCUACACUCACAAUGGUGAUUCACGCAAAGUGAUUGAGCAUUUUAAGGAAGUGAAAAUGAUUGAGGAUUUGAAACCCGAUUGGGUUACCUUCCUUAACAUACUCACUGCGUGCUCAAACACCGAGGUGCCCUUGCAGAGGGCAAUUGAGUACUUUGAAUCAAUGAUCAACGAUUACGGUAUUGAACCAACGAUUGAGCAUUGUUGUUCAAUGGUUCGGCUUAUGGGAGAAAGAGGUGAGGUGUGGCAGGCAAAAAGGAUGAUAUACGAACUAGCUUUUGGGUCAUGUGGUGUAGUUUGGAGGGCUUUACUUGGUGCUUGCGGAGCGUGUAGGGAUUUGAAGGUUGCAAAUAUUGCAGCGGCAAAGGUGAUUCAAUUGGAGGGCGAUGAUGAUUAUGUUUAUAUUAUGAUGUCUAACAUAUAUGCAUCCUAUGCAAAAUGGAGAGAUGUGAGCAAAGUGAGAAAGAUAUUGAAAGAGAGAGGAGUGAGAAAAGAAGUUGGUUGUAGUUGGAUUGAGGUUGAAGUUGAUAGAGCUUCCCUACACUCGUCACAUAUGUAGCGAUGAUCUAGCUUAGAAACAUACUUCGAAAUGGGAUAAAGAUGAAGAGUUCCAAAUUUUAAGAUUGGGGAAAUACCAUUAUAUUGUCUUAAACGCCAAAUAGUUGUAAUAAACGACGCAUUACUUCAAAAAGUUGUUCAUAAUCCCCCUAUUAAGACAAAUUUGUUUAGAAAACAAUAUCUCAUCUCCUGGUACUAUUGUUACAGACUGCGCCUUUAGUUUUUGCUCUUAUCUCUUCUCAGCAGGAUUGGUCUCAGAUGGGAUCAAUUAUCUUGGAUUGUAAAACUAUUUUAGAUUGUACACCUAACGUGACCGCUAGAUGGAUUUAGAGACAAGCUAACGUAAGGGCACAUAACCUAGCUAGAGCUGCCUACUUGUAUACUCGCUCCAAAUGUUGGGACAAUAUUCCCAAUGUAUUAUU